UACAUCCUCUGCCAAAACUUGCCUGCUCGGCCUCCAUUUGACGAGCGACCAACCGACCGAUCUACCGACCGACCGAUUGCCCGACCAAUUAAGCGCACCUGGUCGCAGGACAGGUCCGGGGAACGGCUUGACUCAAACAACAAACGACCCUCCAACAGAGAUAAGGAAAAAAAAAAAAAAAACGCCGUAACGCCCAGGGCUCGCGCGCAUAAAGCACAUCGCACCCCUCAAGUUUCUUUCGCAAAGCAAGAAAAGAAGAAAAAGAAGGAUAAGACAAUAAGAAACAAGAGGGAGGACAGGAAAACAAAGCGAAACGAGACGACUCGAGAGAAAAGAUGACAGCCCCGACGGUAAAACUCCCCGCCCCGCUCUUCGCCAAGCUCUCGCCGCACCCCUUCCUCCUGCGCAACCUCACCUCCGCCGCCGGCCCGGACCGCCCGCCCGCCCGCACCAACGGCCGCAGCACCCAGGAGACCCGCCCGCUGCUCGUAAAGUCCUCGUCGCUCUCCCACGCCCACGGCAGCGCGCUCGUCCGCCUCGGCGACACCACCGUCCUGUGCGGCGUCCGCGGCGAGCUGCUGCCCGUCGACCGCAUCCCCGGGUUCAGGCCCGUCCCCGCGGAGGAGAGGAGGAGGGCGGCGGGCGACGACCGCGACCGCGACCGCGACGGGGACGGCGACGGCAGUGGUGUGGGGAGGGGCGAGCUCAAGGACUACGACCUGCUCGUGCCUAACAUCGAGCUGGCCACGGGCUCGGCGCCCCAGUUCCUGCCCGGCGCCCCGCCGACCGUCCUCGCGCAGACCUUGUCCACCCGGCUGUACUCGCUGCUGCACUCGACCGGCCUGGUCGGCGUGAGGGAUCUGAGGGUCUGGUCUACCCCCGGGUCAGGGCCGCAGCAGCAGAAGGGAGAGGAUGUCAGGAUGGGCGGGGCGGAGGAAGAGGGGGGGGGGCGAGAAGACGGAGACGUGGAGAAGGAAGAGGAGGAGGAGGAGGAGGAGGAGGACAGGGUGGUUGCCUACUGGGUGCUGUACAUCGACCUUCUCUUCGUGUCCUUUGACGGGAACCCGUUCGACGCGGCUUGGGCGGCGGUCGUGGCGGCGUUGAGGGAUACCAGUCUGCCGGUCGCGAGGUGGGAUCCGGAGCGGGAGAUGGUGGUGUGCUCGCGCACCGAGAAGAGGAAGCUCAACGUGACCGGUCUGCCGGUGGCGUGCACCGCCGCCGUUUUCGAGGAGAAGGACUUGGGCGAGGUCGGGACCGGCACUGCCGAAGGCAGGCAUUGGUUGCUCCUGGAUCCGGAUCGGCUGGAGGAGAGCCUAUGCCGCGAAACGAUCACAAUGGUGGUGGACUGCAGCGAUGGGGAGACGAGGAUCAAGAGCAUCGAGAAGCAAGGCGGCACAACAAUCGGGAGGGAGCUGAUACGCGGCUUUGCGGGGAUUGCGGGAAAGAGAUGGGAGGAGGUCAAGGACGCCAUGAACUGAUGUCUGUGGGCUUGGAUGAGAUGAUGGAACCUAUGACUGGAUCAAGAUGGAGAAAUGCUCUUGCCAGAUGGCCCCGGAGCUCUCCUGGGCCCUGUUCUAGCAGCAUGCUUGAAUGCUUGACGACCUUCUUCUGUCAAGGGCUACGGUGUUGACAAGACGUGGGUCACGGUCACUUAAGAAGGGCCUGCCGGGAAGAAAGGUGGCUGUGAAUCAUCUGAGGAUCCUGUCCUGGCUAGGAAAGGGAGGAGGCGAGCCUGCC